CCGUCGAGACCGAACGUGUGCUGUAGUGUUGUGUUUUUGGAUUUGUGAUAUUGUUGAAAGAUGCACAGCAAGAAACGGCAAAAGAAAAGAAGGAAGCGAGUGCGGUGAAAACGAAUAUGUGACCUAAAGCAAAGUAAUAAAGUCCAAAAUGGCGAGACAGUUGAAGUCGAAAGAUUUUCUUGUGGCCGUGUUGUUUUUGUGGCAGACUAUAGUCUGCGAUGGGCAGUGCCCGAAGUUUGCUGAGAAGCCACUGGAGACGAGGGUUCAGGAUGCGCAGAUAGUGUUCAGAGCAGUGGUGGUGGAAGCUCAUAGACAAAGGCGGACACUAGACUUGGCGCUGGUGUCUAUCUACCAUGGGGGGUUGGAGCUGGCGUCCGUCAGUCAAUAUGCUGGGUCACCCUACAACACUACAGACAGACAGGUGAACCUCAAAGUUCCAUCUCAACUAGAAGUCUGCUUCAACUGGACUCAGAUCGAGCUGGUGGUGUUCACGAGGGUCAGUGACCCCGUGGUAGACCUGGAGACUACUCCUCCUGACGGACCUUGGCUGGAGGCCACCAGCGCGGCUGUACCAUGGAGCCUGGGUGUCGAUAUAGCUAUAUGGAACGCUGUAGGUUGGGCCGGAUGGGGUGAGUGGGGGGUGUGUUCUCGGACCUGCGGUGGGGGGAGGCAGGUCAGAAGGAGGUACUGCUCUAGAAGCACCUGCGAAGGCUUCGGCGAACAGUACCGAGCCUGCAACGCGUUUGACUGUGAAGGCACAAUCAACCCCCUAACGCCGGGAGCCCGACGCAACUUCCACCCGGCGCAAGCCCGCUGGGGCGCGGUGGCAGACAGACCGCACGCGUUCAGCCUCACCCCCAACUCGUACAUAUGGAUCGCGUCGUCAGAGCUGUUCCCCACGGGCACCUUCCCCAGGGAGUUCACGUUGUUCAUCUCGCUUAGGCUGCGACCUGAGAGUGGCGGCUACGGCCAGGGGACACUUUUCUCUCUCCGCUCCAGACAUCGGACGGGGACAUUUCUGUCCCUAGAGCUGGCGGGGCGGGGCGCGGCGAGACUCGUCCACGCGGGGGCGGGGACAUCCCGGUCUAUAUAUUUAGCUGUCCCGCUAUACGACUUUAGAUGGCAUCAUAUUGCUAUCAGCGUACACGACGACAGCACAGUACGCGUCCACGUGGACUGCCGGUGGCUGCGGACCGACGUGCUCGGCCGGCACGCGCUCGACACGCCGCGCGACGCCGACCUCAUCAUAGGAUACCUGUUCUCGGGAGACUUGGAGCAGAUGGUUCUAGUGCCAAAGGCGGGGCAGGCGCACAAGCAAUGCUCUAACCAGAUAUUCGGACUAUCACCUACUGUGACAAUGCAGGACCGACAAAACGGUUAAGGUAGUAACAAAUAUCUUCGCUGUGAGUUGAAAUGGAACUUAUACGAGUAAUAUGUUGGUUGAUAUGUCGCGUGAUGUACGAAAUGAUUAGUAGAAUAUCAUUUUGAUGUUUUAUAUCUGUGCUCAUAACUA